CAUCAGUCAAAAUCAACAGUCUCAACACGGAGUCAUGCGCGCGCAUGUGAGUCGGCUGAAGGCAGUAACGGGAGUGAAGCAGAGGAGCUCAGCGGCCACGAGCGAAAUUUUUUACAAUUUAUUUUACAUUUAAUAUUCGUGCCUCAACGAUGAAGACCAUACUCGCUGCAUAUUCUGGUGUCAAAAAGGGCUCAGGCUCUAGCAUCCUCUCGGCCUUACAAGACCUGCCCUCUGUCCCUUGUCUGACACAAUCCAAAAUCGUGAAACAUCUGCAGGUGAUCUGCGUUCUACACUUUGUCAGCACAUUUCUUGCCAUGGGCAUAGGCUGUUCUUUGCUGCUGGUGUACAUGUUUUGCACUGACUGUUGGGUACUUGCUGCCCUAUACACUGCCUGGCUUAUCUUUGACUGGAAUACCCCUAAACAAGGAGGCCGCAGAUCCACCUGGAUGAGAAAUUGGACUGCAUGGAAUUACUUUAGGGACUAUUUUCCCAUAAGACUCAUAAAGACUCAUAACCUGCUUCCUAGCCGAAACUAUAUUUUUGGGUACCACCCUCAUGGUAUCUUGUGUUUUGGUGCUUUUUGUAACUUUGCGACAGAGGCCACCGGAUUCUCCAAGAAAUUCCCCGGAAUCAAGCCAUCUCUGGCCACGUUGGAUGGAAACUUCCGUUUACCAGUGUUUAGGGAUUACCUGAUGUGUGGAGGUAUCUGCCCAGUAAACCGUAACUCCAUUGACUACCUCCUAUCUAGUAAUGGGACGGGCAAUGCAGUGAUCAUCGUGAUUGGAGGGGCUGCAGAAUCUCUGGACUGUGCCCCAGGAAUGAACUCUCUCAUGCUGAAAAACCGCAAAGGCUUUGUAAAACUGGCUCUUAAACAAGGUGCUGACCUGGUGCCCAUCUACUCAUUUGGAGAGAAUGAGGUUUACAAACAGCUCAUCUUCAAUGAUGGAUCCUGGUGGCGUGUAACUCAGAAGAGGCUUCAGAGGACUCUAGGUUUUGCCCCGUGUCUGUUCUAUGGCUGUGGACUGUUCUUCCCUGAAUCCUGGGGGCUAUUGCCUUAUUGCAAGCCUAUAACUACUGUUGUCGGUGAACCCAUCACAGUUCCGAAAAUCGAGGAUCCGUCUCAGGACAUCAUAGAUAUGUACCAUGCCAUGUACAUCAGGUCCCUCAAGUCUUUAUUUGACAAUUACAAAACUCGUUUUGGUCUAAAUGAGAGUGACACCCUUGUAAUUCACUGAGAGGCCGCAUUGAGAAAUAACUUUACAAAACAACACUGUGGCAGCUUGAAGAUUCGGCUCCCGACUAAAGUGCCUGUUUGGAGAGGUGAAAGUAAUGCUGUACCUAUAAGCAAAGCUAUUUUAUUUGACAUUGUCAGUAUUAAAUGUAUUGACAAUAAAACAAGUGUACAUUUAUGUCCCCCUUUCUAAGGGUGGCAUGUUAGGAGCAUUGUUGUGUCACAUUUUCCAGAUUUCAGACAAUUGCUCUUUGCUUUAUAUGCUCUCUCUAAAGACACAUCCCUAUCCAUUUUAUACUGUACCAAAACAGGUACUUACAUGUACUGAACUACAUGGGAGGCAGUGAAACUAGCCUGUGUCACUGUUGCUCUUUGCCACUAGAUGGUGGUCCUAAAUAAUUAAAGGAAGAGUUCACUCAAAAAUAAACAUGAUCUAAUCAUCCCAGAUGCGUAUGACUUUCUUUUUUCUGCAGAACACAAAAAAAGAUUUUUAGAAGAAUAUCUUUGCUCUGUAGGACUAUACAAUGCAAGUCAACAGGGUCCAACAUUUUUAAGCUUAAAAAAAAAGCACAUAAAAGGCAGCUUUAUAAUAAUUUAUAUAACUCCAGUUGUUAAAUCCAUGUCUUCAGAAGAGAUAGAUGUGGGUUAAAAACUGAUCAAUAUUAAAGUAAACGUUUUUACUAUAAAUCUCUACUUUCAAACAGCACUCCAAAAUGCUCUUCUCUCCUAAGAGUUCGCCACCUACUGGGCAGGGAGGAGAAUUUAUUGUAAAAAAAGGACCUAAAUAGCUAUCUGUUUCUCACCUACACCUAUCAUAUUACUUCUGAAGACAUGGAUUUAACCACUGGAGUAGUAUAGAUUACUUUUGUACUGCUUUUAUGUGCUUUAUUGAGCUUCAGUGCUUCUGACCUUGUAUGAACAUACAGAGCUGACAUAUUCUUCUAAAAAUCUUUGUUUGUGUCCAGCAGAAGAACAAAAGUCAUAAACAUCUGGGAUGUUAUGAGGGUGAGUAAAUUAUGAGAACAUUUUCAAUUUUGGGUGAACUAUCUCUUUAAGUCAAAGAUUUGAUUGCUGCCUUGAAUUUUCUAGAUUUAACAGUUUUGGAGGACAGUACCUUCCUCAAAAUAUGGCUCUAUACAUUAUGUAUAAACAUAAUUUGCCCCCAUAAGAUUCUUAUUUAAAUGCACAAGCAAUGCUAUUAUUGUGAGGUUUGCCUCAUCUAAAAGCCACAGGGUGGUUAUGUAGCCAAAAUAUAUAGGGAGAUUUUGGCCAAACCAACACACCAAAGUGUUAUUUAAUUGUUGGAUAAAACUGGUUCUGCCAGGAUGUUUUGGAUUUAAGACAAUUGUACAAUUUGAUCUUAGCUACAAUGGUGUUUUGGAUAAUAGAAGAAUGAUCAUUAUUAUUGUCUAUAUAAGAGCUGCAGAAUAUAGUGAAUCCUCCAUUAGCCGUGUGGGUGACCCAAUUUGUAUAGCUAGGCUGGAGGAUAAAAGGCAAGAAUUGGAAUAUGAUGAUAGAAUAUAAUGACAAUUAUCAUGAUGAUGAAUAUGUGUAAAUGUGUGAUGGUUUUAUGAAUGUUUGCCAACCACUUAUAAGUCCUGGUAUGACCAUAUUCCUAUACAUCUCUUGUAAAGUUAGAACUGAUUUACCACAUAAGUAUUCAUUUAGCAUAUAUUAGCUUCACAUACAUUCAAACAAAUAGAGUAUCUGCUACUGAAUGUAGCCUGAAAAUAUGAUCAAACUCAUCAAAACAUGAUGACUUUUUAAAAUGAUCAUGAUUUCUGACAUGAACAUUGCAUUUCUCAAUAUUCAAGAAUGCCCCAAUUACAAGUGUCAACCAACUUUCAGUGCUUUAAACUCAAAUGUGUUUGUAUGCCAAAUCAAACAAAGGUUGUCUACUGAAUUGCAAAUAACAUGAGUUCAAGUGCCUAAAUGUAUGCAAUGCAAUUUUGUAAAAUCUUAUAUUUAUCAUGAAUCCUGACAGAAUGAAGACAUAAUUAUAUUUGUAUUAAAAUUAGUUCAGUAGACCUGCAGCUUUUGACUGGUGGAUAAUAAGCAAUUGCAUACUGAAAUUAACGUUUUACAAAGGUAACUUACUGCUUUUUUAAGUUAUACAGUUGUGUGAUGUGAAUAUGCAAUAAAUGCUGCAGUGUCCAUCUCUGAAAUCAGUGCCUUUCAUUGAUGUCAAUAAAAUAAUUCUUUUAUUGAACCUUUAUUUAUUUUUUGAAUAAAAUGUUAUG